UUCCUUGUACUUAAUAAUAAUAUUAAUAAUAUAUAUCCCUUGAAGUAAUUUUAAAUAUUUUUCGUCAAUAUUUGUUUUGUAAAAUGUCCACGACGUCCGUAAAAGAGUUUGGCAAAGCCUGGUGGGCGGAGGUGUAUAAUCGAAUUAUUGGAGCGGUGGUGUUCUUGGAUGACUACAGUGCCGAGUGCUUGCAUUGGGAUGGAGGUCUCUUUAACCUUCUGACUGGAGGAGCUGUUGCUGUGAAAAGUUUAUCACCAUUUGAGUAUUGUAAAAAAGACCAAAGAAAAGCUGUUUUCAUAACUCAAACAACUCGCACGCAACUGAGAACUAUUAGUGAAAUUAUACAUAACAGCGAUCUCACACAUUGCAUCCUUGUGUCCUGUGCUAGCUUAGAUGUGGUUUAUCUGGAGCUGAAUGACGGUGUGAGCAAUGCAAGUGAUGUAACAACAGCAGGGAAAGCCGGAACGGAAGCUGCAAAGAGGUUGGAACGCAUGCUUCUUGAGUGGAUUAAUAAAAAACAAUCUGUUGUAGAAGUGGUAUACAUCCCAAUAUUCACAAUAGCACCGACAAAUGUAGUAUUCCUGACACCACCAUACCAAAAAGUGUACCCAAAGUUUGACAAAAAACUAACAACCGAUGCCCCUACAUUAGAUUUAUACACCUUGAGCUCUGAAGAAAGGUCUUGUAUACGGAGGUUGGCAAGUGGGCUGAACAGUAUGCUGGAUUCAAUGAAUUUAAAGGAAGACAUAUAUUAUAUGGGUGCUUUUAGUUCACUUAUUGCUGGGGUUCUGGAAAAUUCACCCAUCUGUGUGUCUAGGAGGAAGUCCUGUUCAAACCCGGUGUCCCUCAUCAUUGUUGACCGAACAUUGGACCUGUGUGGUGUGACCAGUCACUCCAUGGAGUCAGUGCUUGACAAAGCGAUGGCUGUGUUACCAAGGUUCCCCGGACAUUGCACAGACGUUGCGGUGGAUAUGUCGCCACUUUGCGAGGCUAACAUUAUAACACAUCCAGAGGACUUGCAACUCAGUCCAGGUUGCCUCUUCCACGCCGAGGACGAGUCCUGCGUACAGACUUACGAUCACAUGAUCAACAAGUCACAAAAGGAGGUCAUGUUCGAUUUGUACAACAAGCUGUCCAAAAUUGACGUUCAGAAAUCACCAGGGCCGAAGACCCUGUUAAAAGUUACGCCGCAGAGCGUCGAGAAAAUUAUUUCAGCGUCCAAAGGCAACUAUGACAUAAUAGGCAAGCACCUCGGCGUUUUACAACAAGCGUUAGGCGUGGUGCACACGCUGAAAUCGCCCAAACGUGCGCAGUUAGAGUUGCUCAUGAGUUUGGAGAAACAAGUGCUACAGAACUUAGCGGCUAGUAGGGACUCCACUAGUGUGCUGCAUCAGUUGGGUCACAUAAUAAAAACACGUAAAGAACGAAAUCUGCCGCUAGAGAAUCUUUUAGCCCUUCUGAUCCACGUAUAUUCUUUGACUGGCACCGAAGUAGUGUUUACCAAACAACACGAGGAUAAUCUCCAGCAGGCACUGAGUGUUGCCAUAUUUGAGGAUCAUAAGACCUUGUUGAGUGAGAGUGGACAUAUGGCAACACCGGAAGAGUGUGAACAAAUAUCUAAAAACAUUAUGGGUCGCUUGAAGGAGGUCUCGCAAAUAAGGAAGAUAUUGCAAAAGUACAAUUCAGUGCUGAAACCAUGCGAAACAGGCACAGGGCACGAGUACCGGGGAGUUCUACAGCAACUGGUGGACGAUCUAGUUAACACCGACCGACCAGACUUAACUGACCUGCGACACAGGAAUGAAGGCAUCAAGGAGCUGUUGCGGACUGGACUGAACAUCCUAACAAGCAAGAAGAAAGCAUCAAAACAUCCACUAGACAAUCCGACAGUGAUACUAUUCGUCGUGGGUGGUAUAACGGCAGAGGAGUGUAAACAGUUGCACAGGAGUGUCAUAACCAGUGGAGUUGACAAUGUUGUACUUAUUGGAUCAACUAAGUUUGUCACCCCGGUUGAGGCAAUGAGGGAUGUGCUCAACUUAUAGCGGUGUCGACUUUAAGUGGCACCGGUCACUGAAUAAAAGGUAAGGCGGUCUUCGUACGCGUAGAUUAUGAUAUAUUUUCGGGUAUUCGGUCUGUUUUUGCCCUUGAAAUCAAUAUCAAAAUCCUAAAAAAAGUUGAUUUUCGCACAUAAAAUUACUCAUUUUGAAAAUUAGAAUGGUAGUGGUGAAAACUCUAAGAACUUUAACAAUACAGAAUUGUAAUAACUG